UUUGUCUCGCUGGUUGCGCCACCCUGCGACGGCGGCGGGCCCCAUGGCGCCCAGCCCGCUGUCAGCUGCAGCGGAAGCAGCGGCGGCGGCGGCGGAAGCAGCGGCGGCGGCGGCGGCCGCCGCUGCAGCGACGCGAGCAGCGGCAGCACGCUUGCUGCUAGCAGUGGCGGUUGUGGCAACAACACGCAUUGCGGCGGCGACAGCGGCAGCAGCAGUAGCAGCAGCGAGCGCGCCCUUCAAACCACCAGAACUCCCGAAGCGGCCGGUUGUGGGCUGCUCACCACCCCCAAGAGCCUGCGGCCCAUACGCACCUGCUGCCCCGCAACCACGUGA